CUUUCGUCUCGGGUCAAAUGCGCGCCUCGGACCCUAGUGCGCGUGCGCGCUUGUGGCUCCGCCCCUUUGCCUGGAGCUACUUCCUCAUGCUGCCCGCUCGCCUACCGUUCAGGCUGCUGAGCCUUUUCCUUCGUGGAUCCGCUCCCACGGCAGCGCGCCAUGGCCUCCGGGAGCCGCUCCUGGAGAGGAGGUGCGCUGCCGCCUCCUCCUUCCAGCACUCAUCGAGUCUGGGACGCGAGCUUCCUUAUGACCCCGUGGACACGGAGGGCUUUGGAGAAGGUGGUGACAUGCAGGAGCGUUUUCUGUUCCCGGAGUACAUCCUGGAGCCGGAGCCGGAACCCACCCGCGAAAAGCAGCUGCAGGAGCUCCAGCAACAGCAGGAGGAGGAGGAGCGACAGAGGCAGCAGCGGCGGGAGGAGCGGCGACAGCAAAACCUACGGGCCAGGUCCCGGGAGCACCCAGUCGUGGGGCACCCGGACCCGGCAUUGCCGCCCAGCGGCGUGAACUGCUCGGGCUGCGGGGCAGAGCUGCACUGCCAGGACCCCGGCGUGCCCGGCUACCUGCCCCGAGAGAAGUUCCUCCGCACGGCGGAGGCAGACGGCGGGCUGGCACGGACCGUGUGCCAGCGCUGCUGGCUGCUGUCGCACCACCGGCGCGCUCUACGCCUGCAGGUGAGCCGCGAGCAGUACCUGGAGCUGGUGAGCGCCGCGUUGCGGCGGCCCGGGCCCUCCCUGGUGCUCUACAUGGUGGACCUGCUGGACCUGCCCGACGCCCUGCUGCCCGACUUGCCCGCGCUGGUGGGCCCCAAGCAGCUGAUCGUGCUGGGAAACAAAGUGGACCUCCUGCCCCAGGAUGCUCCUGGCUACCGGCAGAGGCUGCGGGAGCGACUGUGGGAGGACUGUGCCCGCGCCGGGCUCCUGCUGGCCCCUGGCCACCAAGGGCCACAGCGCCCCGUCAAGGAGGAGCCACAGGACGGGGAGAAUCCGAAUCCGCCGAACUGGUCCCGCACGGUGGUCAGGGACGUGCGGCUGAUCAGCGCCAAGACCGGCUAUGGAGUGGAAGAGUUGAUCUCUGCCCUUCAGCGCUCCUGGCGCUACCGUGGGGACGUCUACUUAGUGGGCGCCACCAACGCCGGCAAAUCCACUCUCUUUAACACGCUCCUGGAGUCCGAUUACUGCACUGCCAAGGGCUCCGAGGCCAUCGACAGAGCCACCAUCUCCCCUUGGCCAGGUACUACAUUAAACCUUCUGAAGUUUCCUAUUUGCAACCCAACUCCUUACAGAAUGUUUAAAAGGCAUCAAAGACUUAAAAAAGAUUCAACUCAAGCUGAAGAAGAUCUUAGUGAGCAAGAACAAAAUCAGCUAAAUGUCCUCAAAAAGCAUGGUUAUGUCGUAGGAAGAGUUGGAAGGACAUUCUUGUAUUCAGAAGAACAGAAGGAUAACAUUCCCUUUGAGUUUGAUGCUGAUUCACUUGCCUUUGACAUGGAAAAUGACCCUGUUAUGGGUACACACAAAUCCACCAAACAAGUAGAAUUGACUGCACAAGAUGUGAAAGAUGCCCACUGGUUUUAUGACACCCCUGGAAUUACAAAAGAAAAUUGCAUUUUAAAUCUUCUAACAGAAAAAGAAGUAAAUAUUGUUUUGCCAACACAGUCCAUUGUUCCAAGAACUUUUGUGCUUAAACCAGGAAUGGUUCUGUUUUUGGGUGCUAUAGGCCGCAUAGAUUUCCUGCAGGGAAAUCAGUCAGCUUGGUUUACAGUCGUGGCUUCCAACAUCCUCCCUGUGCAUAUCACCUCCUUGGACAGGGCAGACGCUCUGUAUCAGAAGCAUGCAGGUCAUACGUUACUCCAGAUUCCAAUGGGUGGAAAAGAACGAAUGGCAGGAUUUCCUCCUCUUGUUGCUGAAGACAUUAUGUUAAAAGAAGGACUGGGGGCAUCUGAAGCAGUGGCAGACAUCAAGUUUUCCUCUGCAGGUUGGGUUUCAGUAACACCUAAUUUUAAGGACAGACUGCAUCUCCGAGGCUAUACACCUGAAGGAACAGUUUUGACCGUCCGGCCCCCUCUCUUGCCAUAUAUUGUUAACAUCAAAGGACAGCGCAUCAAGAAAAGUGUGGCCUAUAAAACCAAGAAGCCUCCUUCCCUUAUGUACAACGUGAGGAAGAAGAAAGGAAAGAUAAAUGUAUGAGACCGACCUUGUUCACUCCAGAUAAUUAACUGUAUUGAACACAACAAAAUACAUUGAAAUUGUAUUAAACAUAUAACGCAUAAA